AUGUGGACUGGCGAUUUUGCCUACGUUGAUAGACACGUUGGAGGUAAUUCUCUUCAUUAUAAUUUAAUGAAUAUCAUAGUUAUAAGAUAAUACUUGCCUUUCGUAAACUUAACAGAAGAAGAUGAUCUCAGAGUAAAAGUACCUGUUAUUGGGAUAUGGGAUGAUCAUGAUUAUGGCAUGAAUGAUGGAAAUAGUGGAAAUCCUAUUAAGAUUUAGCAAAAGCAGCUAUUUUUGGAUAUGAUAGACGAGCCAAAAGACUCUUAAAGAAGACAUAGAGGAAAUGAUCAUGGCAUAUAUGAUGACUAUCAACUCUAUUUAAGGAAAGACUUUUCAAUGAGAAUCAUCCUACUUGAUACAAGAUAUAGCAAGACUGGAACUGAUUUGCUUGGCUAGACUUAAUGGGACUGGCUUGAAUCUAUCUUGAACAGUACAAACGACCAGGUCUAUAUCAUUGUGUCCUCUAUCUAGGUUCUGCUAGAUGAGAGAAUUAAAAAUGCUGAGUGUUGGAGUAUCAAUGACAGGAUUAGAUUGACUAAUUUAAUUAGUAAGCAUAAGAAAAGCGGAGUGUUUCUCAUUAGUGGUGAUGUCCAUCACAGUCAGAUACUUGGAUCUUAAUGCCGACUUAAUAAUCUAGGGUAUGAAUUGCUAGAGGUAACCUCUAGUGGCAUGAGUCAUACUUGCGAUAGAAAUCUAGCUGAAAUAUGCAAUUAUAUACUGCAGGGAAAUACACCGACAACCGUUUUGAAGUCUGAAGUGGUGGUAUAACUCAACUAUGGAAUAUUAGAUAUAGAGCUUAAUGAUGACCCAGUUUAAAGCGUGAUAAAACUUAAAAUUAGAGGUAGAGAGAAUGUGACAUUUAUUGAAAAGGAUAUUCAUUUGAUGUUUGCUACUACAGCUAUAUCAGUUUUCAUUAGAGUAUUUAGGCAGAUUUUGAACUUCGCAAAUAGAAAUAAAAGGACAGACAACCACCAGCUUAAACAGCCACAAAUGGUUAAUUUCUAGAUCGCCCCUCAGACUUACAAUUCUGGCUAGAACAGUUCCAAGCAGAGGCAAGUAUCAUACUCGCCCUAUCACGGAUAAACAAAGGUUCAAGCCACAAUGAUCACAAAUAAAGCACAACCCGCUGCUGGAGCAAAGACUCAAUACGCUCCUAAUCAAUAGUAUUCAUCGUAAUAACAGCAGUAAAUGAUGAUGAUAAUGCAGUAAAUUAAGACUUAGCAGGCCACUUAAAAUUAGACUCCUAACUAGGUGCCCAGUAGCAGAGACACUCCUGGAGGAGCUUCUCUCGAUAGACAAAUUAUGGAUCUUAUAAGUUCAAAGCAAGGUUUCAAUGAUGCGAAUGGUAUGAAUUUGAAAAAAUCCAUUAAUGGCAGUAUUCAAACCCCUCAGCCGAUGCUCUCAGUUUUUAAAUAAAAAAAGAAAAGUUAGUAGAUUAAUUCUGGUCCUUAGGGGUAAAUGUUCGCCACAAAUAAAGAGAAUUAGUUACUUAUGAUGAAUAAUGUCUUCAAUUAAAAGAGAAAUUCUAUGAAUGAAGCUGAGAGAAGAAGGCAGCAGCUUAAAAAAGCGCAGUAAAUAAACACAGACAAUCAAAGACCGAUCAGGAGUGCUAACACCUCUCCUUAGACUUCCCAUUAGUUUUUAUCCAAUGCUCUAGCCAGUGGAAAUCCCUCCUCGUAUCUUUAGCAAAGCUAAGUAUAGCAAGAUAAGUUGACAAACAGUCAGAUGAAUCCUAAUUCUGGCAGUAGACCUGGAACUAGUGGCGGUUUAAUAGGAUAGAUCUCUAAAACAUAGAAGAAUUCACCAAAUCAAAGCAAAAUAAUCAACAGGCCAAAGACAUCUAACAAGAUCGAAAAUAACUACCUAUAUAAUCAAUCUUAAGCAACGACAGCAUCAACUAAUAAUAGAAGUGGAUAAACGAAAUCUCUUGGUGAAGAUAGUGUAUAAAGAAUGCUUAAGAAAAAUAAGUCUAAGCCUUCAAGUAGACCCUCAUCUGGAAAUAAAAAGAGACAGAUCAACAGUGCUUAAGGUAACUAUGAUGGCACUGAUCCAAAUUAGCAACAUUUAAUGAUGAUGAUGCUUUUACAGCAAUAGCAAUCUAAAGUCACUAAAAUUUCUGAAUCACAUAGACAAACAGCACCCCAAAAGAUCAAUAAUUUUGUUGAUGCUUAGGGCAAUCAAUUACAAUCACCUCAGAAUAAUAUUGAGUCGUCCAGUAGUGGCUAGCCUGGAUUGAAGGUCAAUCAAUCUUCUGAUCUAUCUCAAUAAAACAAGAUUCAACUUCAGUAGAAAUUUUAAUCUGCUCCCUCCACUCCCACUAAGGUUAUUAAUACCAAGAGAAUGUCAAUGGAUAAUGAUAUGACUUCUUCAAGUGGACCAAAACUCAUUGAGAGAAAUGUGAUCACUAAAUACGCAUUUGCCACAAGAGUUGGGUUCAUUCCUAAUAAUCCGGGAAAAGUAAAUUAGGACUCCUUUAUUUUGAGUCCAAAUCUAAAUGGUUGCAACUUCAGACACUACUUUGGUGUAUGUGAUGGCCAUGGAUAGAAUGGAAAAGAGGCUUCACACUUCAUCAAACUCAGACUACCUUAAUUGGUUGGGAAAUACGUAUAAGAGUCUCUUCAAAAUUAGGAAAGGCAAUCUCCUUCUGAUGAGGAAUACAAAUCGCUGUUCCACAAGUCUUUCAUCUAAUGCAAUGAGGAACUUGACUAUACUAACUUCGAUGUAAAUCUAAGUGGGUCAACUGUUUGCACAGUCAUAUUCAAUGGAACUAAAGUCUAUUGUGCCAAUGCUGGCGAUUCUAGAGCUAUUAAGGUGGCAAUAUUGCCAGCUGAGCCUGGAAGUUUGACAAGAAAGAAACCCUAAAUCGAGGCUACAGCUUUAAACAUUGAUCACAAGCCUGAACUUAAGGAGGAAGCUGAAAGAAUCAUCAAAAGAGGUGGGAGAAUCGAUUCAUUCCGCGACUACUAUAAUAAUGGAGAGCCUAUUGGUCCACAGAGAGUAUGGCUACAAAGUGAAGAUAUUCCAGGUCUAGCCAUGUCAAGAUCUAUGGGAGAUAGAGUUGCUCAUAGUGUUGGAGUUACAGCUGAGCCUGAGACUAAAGAGUUUACUCUCUCUUUAAACGACAAAUUCAUAGUCAUAGCAAGUGAUGGAGUCUGGGAAUUCCUCUCAAAUGAGGAUGUGGCCUAGAUUGUACUUCCAUUUUAUGAAUAAAAUGCACCUGAGGCAGCUGCAAAUGCCCUUGUUAAGGCAGCUUUCAAAAAAUGGAAAUAGGAAGAGGAAGUAAUAGAUGAUAUCACUUGUGUAAUUAUAUUCCUGGAAGUGUCGAUGGCUUAUAAUCAGCAAAAACUUUAGCCUAAAGCUAAUUGA